AUGCUUUCGCUUAAAACACUAUUAUAUACACUGUUGACUGUGUCAUCAGUCAUCGCCACACCAGUACCUGCAAGAGAUCCUUCUUCUAUCCAAUUUGUUCAUGAAGAGAAUAAAAAGAGAUUCUACGAUUACGGCCACGGUGCCCUUGGAGAGCCAAUCCGUGGUGUCAACAUUGGUGGUUGGUUAGUUCUUGAGCCUUAUAUUACACCAUCUUUGUUUGAAGCAUUCCGUACUAAUGAUGAUAACGAUGAAGGUAUUCCCGUCGAUGAAUACCAUUUCUGUCAGUAUUUAGGAAAGGACCUGGCUAAAAGUCGUUUAGAGAGCCAUUGGUCAACUUUCUACAAAGAACAAGAUUUCGCCAACAUCGCUUCUCAAGGUUUUAACCUUGUUAGAAUUCCUAUUGGUUAUUGGGCUUUCCAAACUUUGGACAAUGACCCUUACGUUAGUGGCUUACAAGAAGCCUACCUGGACCAAGCUAUUGGCUGGGCAAAAAAUAACAGUUUGAAGGUCUGGGUUGAUCUGCAUGGUGCAGCUGGUUCUCAAAAUGGAUUUGAUAACUCUGGUUUGAGAGAUUCAUAUAAGUUUUUGGAGGAUAGUAAUUUGGCUGUCACUACUAAGGCUUUGAACUACAUACUGAAAAAAUACUCUGCUGAUGAAUACCUGGACACCGUUAUCGGUAUCGAAUUGAUUAAUGAACCAUUAGGUCCUGUUUUAGAUAUGGAUAAAAUGAAGAAGGAAUAUUUGGCGCCAGCUUACGAAUAUUUGAGAAACAACAUCAAGAGUGACCAGGUUAUUAUCAUCCAUGACGCUUUCCAACCAUUCAAUUAUUGGGACGACUUUAUGACUGAAGACAAUGGCUACUGGGGUGUCACUAUCGACCAUCAUCAUUACCAAGUUUUUGCUUCUGAUCAAUUGGAAAAGCCUAUUGAAGAACGUAUAAAGGUUGCUUGUGAAUGGGGUACUGGGGUCUUGAAUGAAUCUCACUGGACGGUUUGUGGUGAAUUUGCUGCCGCUUUGACCGACUGUACCAAAUGGUUGAAUAGUGUUGGUUUCGGUGCUAGAUACGAUGGCUCUUGGGUUAACGGUGACCAAACAUCUUCUUACAUUGGAUCCUGUGCUAACAAUGAUGAUAUCACUUCAUGGUCCGAUGAAAGAAAAGAAAACACAAGACGUUUCGUUGAGGCCCAAUUAGAUGCCUUUGAAAUGAGAGGGGGUUGGAUUAUCUGGUGUUACAAGACAGAAUCCAGUUUAGAAUGGGAUGCCCAGAGGUUAAUGUACAAUGGUUUAUUCCCUCAACCACUUACUGACAGGCAAUAUCCAAACCAAUGUAACACAAUUUCUAACUAA